AUGAUGAAUUCAAUACAGCAUUUAGAUACCAUGUUUCCAAUUAAAUUUUAUGGUGAAUAUUAUAAAACAGUUAGAAUAUUAUCAAACGGUAUUAUAAACAUUGUGGAGCCAAAUUUUGGAAAAUUAUCUGGAAGCAUUAAAGUAUUUUAUGGAGUUUGGAAAACGGGUCAAGUGGAUAUUAUUCAUAAUGAUAAGUUUCUAACGGUAAGAUGGCCUAAUCUUAACAUUUUCAAUGCACAUGGAAAAGAAAUGGAAGAACGUGCACAAAUAACAUGCACAAUACAUGUUAAUGGGAACAUAUCGAUUUUCUUUGAAACAAUACCGAAUGGAACAUUUAAUGAAACAGAAGAAUCUAUGCCUGGAAGUACUAUAUAUUAUCCAACGAAAAUUCAAAAUUAUGCCUAUUCACCUCAUUACAAAAACACUGCGAUAAAAGUUCCUGCAUUCUUGAUAAAGUCGAACACCUUAAUGGAAUUUAUACCAGAUCCAAUUUGCUCUGAUCAAACAUCAUGCGGUGAAUGCCUCAAACCAGGUGCAUUCGCUACAAAAUGUUAUUGGUGUCCAAGAACAAGAAAGUGUACUAAUACUCAUGAUAGUUAUGCGAGAAUGUGGAAGAAAGGAGAGUGUCAAAUACAGAAUAGUGAAAACUGUACUGUUCAGAACGAUAUUUUAACUAAUCCGAUUCGAAAUAUCAUCAGUACAGCAAAAUCCUCGAUCAAAAGGAAUAAACUUACAAAUCUCACACAGAAAAUUACAAACAACAAUUUAUCAGAACGUGUACCCAAUACAACUACUGUUCAAGUAAUUCAAGUUAAUAAAACAUUGAGUAUUCAACUAGGCAAUAUGUUUUUUAUGCUUCAACAUGUGAUUGAUAGUUCGUAUAUAAUCUUAUGGAUGUUAGCGACUGUAUUCAUUAUUCACUUCAUUAUCCUUUUCAAUAUAUUAUGUAAUCUAUUAUAACUUUCUUACUUCUUAUCAAUGAUUUCUUUGU